UUGAGAGCUGUAAUAGUGGCCCUGAAUUUCUAAACACAAGAAAUUGCUUAGACAAUUGGUUUAGUAUCUGUAUGUGGGCAAUACUCUGUCCUGCAGUAGGUCAGGAUUAACUGGAUCAAUCUAACUUGGAAAAAAGUUGUUGGGUAGGAGGAAGAAAUUCAAAGGCAGCAUGUCAGCUGAAACACCAAUCACACUGAAUAUCAAUCCUCAGGAUCUGCAGGUCCAAACAUUUACUGUAGAGAAGCUCUUGGAACCUCUCAUAAUCCAGGUUACUACACUUGUAAAUUGUCCCCAGAAUCCUUCCAACAGGAAAAAAGGCCGUUCAAAAAGAGCCAGAGUUCUUCUAGCUUCUGUGGAGGAAGCAACUUGGAAUUUAUUAGACAAGGGAGAGAAGAUUGCUCAGGAAGCCACCGCUUUGAAGGAAGAGCUUACUGGGGCACUCCAGGAAGUUCGCAAAGAAAGUGAUGCUCUAAAAGAAUCAGCUGAGAGAUUUGCAGAUGACCCUUGUUAUCUCCCCAAAAGAGAGGCUGUGGUUCAAGCUGCCCGUGCCUUGUUGGCUGCAGUUACCAGACUCCUUAUCCUCGCAGAUAUGAUUGAUGUCAUGUGUCUCUUGCAGCAUGUGUCAGCUUUUCAAAGAACAUUUGAUUCUCUUAAAAAUGUUUCCAAUAAAUCUGACCUCCAGAAAACCUACCAGAAGCUUGGGAAGGAGCUGGAAAAUUUGGACUACUUAGCUUUCAAACGUCAGCAGGACUUAAAAUCUCCAAAUCAGAGGGAUGAAAUUGCAGGUGCCCGGGCCUCUUUGAAGGAGAACUCCCCCAUAUUGCAUUCAAUUUGUUCAGCUUAUUUGGAACAUUCUGAUGUUGCUUCCCUCAAAGCCAGCAAGGAUACAGUGUGUGAAGAAAUUCAGAAUGCCCUCAAUGUGAUUUCAAAUGCUUCACAAGGCAUCCAGAAUAUGUCACCCCCACCAGAACCUCAGGCAGCAACCCUGGGAAGUGCCCUUGAUGAACUUGAGAAUUUAAUUGUCUUGGAUCCACUCACAGUGACUGAAGAGGAAAUAAGACCAUCCCUAGAGAAACGUCUUGAGGCCAUUAUCAGUGGGGCUGCUCUGCUGGCUGACUCUUCAUGCACGAGGGAUUUCCAUCGGGAGCGCAUUAUCGCAGAAUGCAAUGCCAUUCGCCAGGCUCUCCAGGACCUGCUUUCAGAGUACAUGAACAAUGUAGGUGACUGGUUUUCUCCUACUCCAUACACUGGGUAUGGGCUGAAGUUCUUUCUGUUUAUAAAAUGCGGUAAAUUACAAAUGAGUAAGUCUGACACAGGUCCCAGUGGGUUGCAAAUGAGUGUCAGCAGGUGCAUUCUUUUCUGGAGACUGUAGGGAGGAAUCUCUUUCUUUGCCUUUUCCAGCUUCUGGAGGUCAACCACAUUCCUCUGUACAGUGCCUUCUUCCUCUAUCUUCAAAGACAGCAAUGUCACAUUUCUCUAACCUUGCUUCUGUCCUCACGUCUCUCUCUCUGCUCACAGCCAGGAAAGAUUCUCCACUUUUUUAGGACUCGUGAUUAGGUAGGGCCCACCAGUAUUAUUCAGGAUAACCAUCCCGUAAGAUAGUUAUGGCUCUUAACCUUAAUUACUUCUGCAAAGUUCCUUUUGCCACAUAACAUAAUGUAGUCACAGGUUUUGGGAAUUAGGAAAUGGACAUCUUUGGGAGGCUCAUGGUCAUAUUCCUAGUACGAGUUUUCCCUUGUUUCCUCUAGAA